CACGUCCACAACCAACGCCAGAUGGCUGGGUCGAAGUUCGCCUACGUGCGCAAUUUCGAGCUCCCAGAUCCUUUGCUGCCGGGGACAUUCAUGGUGCUUCGGCUGGAUGGCCAUUCUUUCCAUCGCUUCUCCGACGUUCAUGGCUUUGCGAAGCCCAACGACGUGCGCGCACUGAAGCUCCUGGAUCACGCAGCGACAGAUUUGAUGGAUCAAUAUCCAGAUAUCGUCCUUGGAUUUGGCGAAUCCGACGAAUUUAGCUUCUUAUUGAAAAAGUCUGCCUCGCUGUAUAAUCGACGUCAUGCCAAAAUUCUUUCGACACUCACCUCGCACUUUACCGCUUCAGUGACUUUCCGCUGGUCGACCUACUUUCCCGACACACCUCUGCAAUACCCGCCGACAUUCGAUGGCAGGAUCGUCCUCUACCCGGGGAUAAAGGAGGUGCGGGACUACUUUUCAUGGCGUCAAGCGGAUACACACAUCAACAAUCUUCAUAACACGGCCUUCUGGGCUUUGGUGCAACAAGGCGGAGAAUCCACGUCUCAGGCCCACUCCACCUUGAAGGGAACACAAUCCAAAGACAAACAUGAGCUUCUCUUCACGAGGUUCGGCGUCAACUAUAACGCUGUGGAUGAAAGAUUCAGGAAGGGCAGUGUCCUUGUUCGCCAGCAAGAGCAGCAGGGAUCGCAUCCUGAUUCUCCAUCGCCAGAGGCCAAAGCCAAAGCCAAUGCCAGCAAGCCUGCGGUCGUAAUACUGCACUGCGACAUCAUCAAGGACGAGUUUUGGGACUCUCGACCCGAGAUUCUGUCUGGCUGA